AACCAAUCCACGACAGCUAUUUGCUGAACCAACGUCACAGUUAAAGAGAAACGUCCGUUACUUGGGUCAGCUAAAAACAAUUGAAACGCAAAAGGAGAGAUAGCGAAAAGUAUCUAGCUCUUUUUAUCUGUCAAAUGUUAUCGGUUCAGCAUACCGAUAUUCAGAAUUGUGGUCUAACGACGCGGAUAGACUAGCUAGAAGCCACUUUGGGGACGCUCUGCCAGCCGGACUGACAAUAGACGGGAUGAUCUCGGACUGGGGUCUGAUCAGUGAGAGGUCCCUGUGACUGUGAAUGGGUCUGUGAGAUACAUUAGGAUGAGCGGGCCCCACUCUAUCGCUGCCUGUGGGGACUGAGAGACGCCGCUCUAUACAAAGCAGUCGAUGCGGUCUUCCACCGCAUCACACGUGGCUGAGAAUACAGCAUGUCUCGCGUCUCCACCACCGCCAAGCGUUACACCGGCUCCUCCUAUACCAGUGCCUAUAGCUCCUAUGGCUCCUCCCUGACGCCCUCCUCCCUCAGCUCCUACACCUCCGACCGGGACAGGCUGCCCUCCUACAGGAGCAACGCUGCCUCCUCCUCGGGCUACUCCUCCUCCAGCUACCUGAGCAGCGCCGCCAGCCGCGCCCGCAACUACAGCACCUCCUCAGAGCUCGACCGGGGCCGGCUCAUCCCCCGCACUGACCUCCUGAGCAGCAGCAGCCGGCGCAGCGAGAGCCUGAGCCGCACCCCGGUGAAGACCUAUGGCUCGUCGGGCCUGAGCGGCGGCUCCGGUUACACUGGCUACAGCAGCUACUCCUCGUCCACCACGCCCAGCCGCUCCAGCUACCUCUCCUCGUCGCCCGGGGCCUCCAGCAUCUCCCUCAGCCGCCGCAGGUCGUCGAGCCAGAGUGACCUGACGCGGGACCUGUCGUCCCUGGGCCUCAACGAGCCCACGUCCCCCUCCUCCUCCUCCAGCGCCCUGAGGGGUUACCGGAGCAGGGCCAGCGAUGUGGCCGACUCCUACAACAGCAGCCUGCAGAGCUCCAGCUAUGGCCUGUCCCACAGCGCCACACAGGAGGCCUUGAGCAGCAGCAGCCUGAAGAGCGGUGGUGGUAGCCGCUUCACCUCCUCCUAUGAGAGGAGCGACAGCAGCAGCAAUGGACGAUCCAGCUCCCCCACCAGGGACUCCCUGAACUCCAAGAGUACCCAGGGCCUGGUGGGCCUACGGAACCUGGGAAAUACCUGCUUCAUGAACUCCAUCCUGCAGUGUCUCAGCAACACGCACAACCUCCGGGACUACUGUCUCCACAACUCCCACCGACGCGACCUUAACAAAAACAGCCGCACCAACACCGGAGCGCUCAUGGAGGAAUUUGCCAAGCUCCUCCAGACCAUGUGGACGUCCUCGAGCAGCGAGGCGGUCGGCCCCUCAGAGUUCAAAACUCAGAUCCAGAGAUACGCCCCCCGAUUCGUGGGAUACAACCAACAGGACGCCCAGGAGUUCCUGCGCUUCCUGCUGGACGGGCUGCACAACGAGGUAAACCGGGUCACGGUGCGGCCGCGGGGCAGCUCGGAGGACUUUGACCACUUGCCUGACCGAGAGAAAGGGGAUAGAAUGUGGAGCAAGUACCUGGAGAGAGAGGACAGCAAAAUAGUGGACCUGUUUGUGGGUCAGCUGAAGAGCUCGUUGACAUGCAGCACGUGUGGCUACUGCUCCACUGUCUUUGACCCCUUCUGGGAUCUCUCACUACCCAUCGCCAAGAAGGGCUACGGAGAAGUGAGUCUGAUGGACUGCGUGAGUCUCUUCACCAAAGAGGAUGUGCUCGACGGAGAUGAAAAACCAACGUGCUACAGGUGUAAAGCCAGAAGAAGAUGCACAAAGAAGUUCACUGUACAGAAAUUCCCCAAGAUCUUAGUGCUUCAUCUGAAACGCUUCUCUGAAGCGCGGAGAACCAGCAAACUGUCCACAUUUGUCAACUUCCCCAUGGAGAAACUGGACCUCAGGGAGUUUGCCUCGGAAAACAGCAUAAAUGCAGUUUAUAACCUGUACGCAGUGUCCAAUCACUCAGGCACGACCAUGGGCGGCCACUACACAGCGUACUGUCGCAACCCCACCUCGGGAGAAUGGUACACGUUCAAUGACUCCAGAGUAUCGCCAAUGUCCUCCAGCCAAGUGCGCAGCAGUGACGCCUACGUGCUGUUCUACGAGCUGGCCUCCUCCUCACGGAUGUGAGGGCCUCCCGGAGGAGGAGGUGGAGGGCACUGCGGACGGCGGGCGGGAGGAGGAGGUGGAGGGCACUGCGGACGGCGGGCGGGAGGGAGGAGGAGGUGGAGGGCACUGUGGACGGCGGGCGGGAGGAGGAGGUGGAGGGCACUGCGGACGGCGGGCGGGAGGGAGGAGGAGGAGGGCAAAGCCAGGCCCUUUAGGACUAAUCACAUCUACAAGAGACUACUACUCCCCCCUCCCCAACUCCAUCCACAACAGAGAGAGACUACUACUCCCCCCUCCCCAACUCCAUCCACAACAGAGAGAGACU